AUAUCCUUCCCCUCACAGCCAUGCCAGAUCUCAGUGAUCUCAUGUUCUCUGUCUUUUUCCUCCAGCCACAGGACAUUGACUUUCAACAGGAUGAAGACUACAACUUGUUCCCUUCUGAUCUUCAUCUGCCUUCUCCAGCUGAUGGUCUCGGUGAAUACUGAGGGGAGAAAGAGCAGGGAACUUCCCAGCCAUGGAGAUGACUGUACCUGCACUGUAACUAGGACUCUCUCCUGCACUAGUGUCACGGCCACAGGCAGACUGGCCUCCUGUCCUGCUGGUAUGGCUGUCACUGGCUGUGCUUGUGGCUAUGGCUGUGGAUCUUGGGAUAUCAGGAACGAAAAUACUUGCCACUGCCAGUGUGCGGUCAUAGACUGGACCACCGCCCGCUGCUGUCAAAUGGCCUAAGAAUGAGGAGGCUGAGAACUCAGUUUUGAAAUGAAUACUAUAAUGAAACCACAAUAUCAACUUGGAAACCUGGCUCAUGUCUCUUGAUGAAUGCAUAUCACCCAAUAAUCCUGCUUCUUGAAAAAUAAAGAUGAAUUUGCA